UCUCUCUCUCUCUCUCUCUCGCGUGUAAUAGUGAAAAAUACGUUACCCCCUUGGCCAUUGAUUUGCUCCUCCCAGCCUCCGCCUGCGUUGAGGAAUUUGCAAAAUGAACAGUACCCUCACUUCACUGCAAAUUCCAGAGUUCAAAGUUUGUGAUGGUGAAGCUGGUGGUGGGAGUCCUUUUUCUUGGCCUUGUCUUCCAGUUAGUGGUGUCUACUGUGGAUAUCGACAGCCUAAACAUAUGGCCGAUGCCACAUUCAGUGAGCUAUGGGCAUCAAGUUUUAUACAUGAGCAAGGACUUUGAGCUAAGAACUGAAGGAAGCAAGUAUCCUGAUGCGUCGGGUAUAUUGAAGGAUGGUUUUUCCAGAUUACUUUAUGUCAUCCGUGCCUCUCACGUCGUUGAUGGUAACGUUUCCGAUUCUCAGCAGUCUCUUGUGCUCCAGGGAAUCAAUGUGCUCAUUUCCUCAGCCGAUGAUGAGUUACAAUACGGGAUUGAUGAGUCAUACAAGUUAUCCAUCACUUCAAGUGGAGAUCCAGUUUAUGCACAUCUUGAGGCACAAACAGUUUAUGGGGCUCUGCAUGGGCUGCAGACAUUCAGCCAACUUUGCCAGUUUAACUUCCAUACCAGGCUGAUUGAAGUACGUCAAACCCCAUGGGACAUUAGUGAUCAGCCAAGGUUCCCUUAUCGAGGGCUCUUAAUCGAUACCUCUCGACACUACCUGCCGCUUCCAAUUAUAAAGAAAGUUGUUGAUUCUAUGACAUACACAAAAUUGAAUGUACUUCAUUGGCACAUUGUAGACUCACAGUCUUUCCCUCUAGAGAUACCUUCAUAUCCAAAACUAUGGAAUGGAGCUUAUUCUAUUCCAGAAAGAUAUACAAUGGCUGAUGCUGCUGAGGUUGUGAGUUAUGCUCAGAGACGAGGGAUUAAUGUAUUGGCUGAGAUCGACGUCCCAGGACAUGCUCAAUCCUGGGGGACCGAUUAUCCUACCCUUUGGCCAUCACAGGAUUGUCAGCAGCCACUUGAUGUCAGCAAUGAAUUUACCUUCCAAGUAAUAGAUGGGAUUCUUUCAGAUCUCAGUAAGGUCUUCAAAUUUAAAUAUGUCCACUUGGGAGGAGAUGAAGUUAAUACCAAUUGCUGGGUAACAACUCCUCACGUAAACGACUGGUUGCAGAAGCAAGGAAUGAAUGCAUCCCAAGCCUAUGAAUACUUUGUCCUACGGGCUCAGGAAAUAGCAUUAUCACAUGGAUACGAAUGCAUUAACUGGGAAGAGACCUUCAGAACCUUUGGCGAUAAAUUAAACCGAAAAACUGUGGUGCACAACUGGCUUGAUGUUGGUACUGCGGCGCGAGUGGUUGCAGCAGGGUUGAGGUGCAUUGUAAGCCGCCAAGAUAAAUGGUAUUUGGACCAUUUGAAUACCUUUUGGCCUGAAUUCUAUUCAUAUGAACCACUCACUAACAUCACAGACCCCAAGCAACAAGAAUUGGUUAUUGGGGGAGAGGUAUGCAUGUGGGGUGAAACAGUUGACGGUUCCGAUAUCGAGCAAACCAUAUGGCCGCGUGCUGCUGCCGCUGCAGAGAGGCUGUGGACACCAUAUGAGAAGCUAGCCAAGGAUCCUGCCCAAGUCAUUGGUAGGUUGACACAAUUCAGGUGUUUGCUGAAUCAGAGAGGAGUAGCUGCUGCCCCAUUGACCGGUUACGGUCGAGGUGCCCCACACGAGCCAGGUUCCUGCUACAUGCAAUAAAAAUCAACCGGAUACCCUUUUUAAUUGAUCAGAGUCGGCCCUGAGCUAAAGCUUGAGGUGCGGCCGCUUUAAGCCUCUUAAAAUUUACAAAUGUUAGGGCCCGACCUACUUUGGUACUACUUACAAUAGUCCAACAAAAGACAAACAUCACCUUUAAUCUUCGCUUUAGUUUCCCGAAAAGUCAGGGCCAGCUCUGUAAAUCGAUUGGGGUUAGUGGGAUAUGGUUUAUCUACUGUGAGAGUUGAUCACUCAAUGUACUACUUUUUGGCCCAUGGCGUUUCAUGCCAGGUACUGAGGCAGGUUGGAGGCGCAGUACCCGCAGGAAGAAGACGCAGUAGCUGAGAUAGAGAAUCCUGAGAAGUCAAACUUCCAUACUAAAUUAUGUUUUGCUACUCUAAUUAUCUUGUUUAAUUAAUAGAAAUCUUGAUUAACAUGCUUGAGAGAAGAGAUCAGUUCCAUCACAAUUCCAUCACCAGUGAAACUUUACACCCCAUCACCAAUCUCUUUGAUGCAUCACCGAACUAUAGUACUAGCCCCUAAGCUCCAAUUAUAGAGAUGGACGGAAAAUGGUAGAUGGUAGUGUGUUCGUUGACGAGGGAUUGCAGAUGGCUUAUUCGCGCUUUUGACUUGAUUCGCUCCGUACAAGGCCUGAGACAGAAGGAUGAAGCUUUUGGUCAGAGGUGUUGGCCGGGGUUUCUAAUAAUCAGACGAUUUUCAAGAAUGGGGAGCAGAUUGGGUCAGAUUGGAUUCCAAAAAGGUUUUGCUGGAUGGAGGAAGAGUUGGGAAGCGGAGACGGUAGUGGCCGCGGCGUGUUGUUGCUUAUAUAACGGUCAUCUCGUGUGCUCAUGUGUAUACGCACGAAUUUUAAAUGGUAACAUUGAGAUUAUACUUAUUUUGAAUUGAAUUGAAUUGAAACAUGCAAUUCUACGUAGAGGAUGAAUCAAAGAAUGUUUUGUGCCAUGAUAUUAGGAACUUAUUUUAUACUAGUACAGCUAAUUCUAAGAAUAUACUUGUGUAGCUUU